CAUAGUUUACCGAGCCAUACAUACAAGUCCAAUGCUUGGCGUCACUUCGGAUUUUUCAAAAAGGACGGAAACCUUGAUAAGUCCCAAGCAAUUUGUGAGAUAUGCCGUCUUGCUAUAAAGUACACAGGCAGCACGACCAACCUGAUAACUCACCUGAAACGACGACACAGUGUGGCUGAAGAAGCCCCCUCGGUAUUAGCCAACUCGCCCGGCUCGGAUCAUGCCUCGGAUUCACCUCAUGCUACUAGUAGCUCCAGCGGCGCUAACAAACAGCCAAGCAUCAGUACUUUUUUCCAAACUCCGCUGGGCGCAAACUCUGCCCGCGCCAAGGUAAUAACUAAAGCCAGUGCUUUCUAUAUAUGCAAAGAUAUCCAGCUGUACAGUGCUACAGAGGGUGAGGGCUUUGAAUACCUCAUGAGCGUCCUGGAGCCGAGGUAUAAAAAGCCAGGCAGGAAGGUUUUCGCUGAAAAAGAAAUACCCGAGCUGUACCAGAAAGUAAAACAAGACAUAGCUAAAUCAAUGCAUAAUGCUAAUACAGUCGCCAUGACAAUUGAUGGCUGGAUGUCUUGUGCUACAGACUCGUUUGUCACUGUCACAGCACAUUACAUUGACGAAGAGUGGGCUUUGCAAAGCCAUGUGCUACAAACGCGCAAGUUUACCGAGGCCCACACAGGGAAGAAUCUAGCAGCCUUGCUGCAGGAAGUUUUCCGCGAGUGGAAAUUACAAGACAAGAAAACAGCCUUGGUCACAGAUAACGCCUCGAACAUGCUACUGGCUGCAGCUUUGGCAAAAGUGGGUCUACAUGUGAGAUGCGUCGCGCACCUACUCAACUUGGCUUCACAUAAAGCCCUGAAAGUGGAAAAGGUUUUGGAGCUACUGGUGAAACUGAGAAAGGUGAGUGUACUUUGGAGAGUAGGCCUACCAACCAAAUCUUGUUAUACAUGUACCUGUACUGUAUAAUGACAAAGUUUAUUUCAUUCAUUCACUCACUCACUCAUUCAUUCAUCCAUCCAUUCAGGUGGUUACAUUUUUUCACAUGAGCCCAAAGGCAACUGAACUGCUACGUGAAACCCAGACCCAGCUCAACUUGCCAAAGCACAAGCUGAUCCAUGAUGUUCCCACGAGAUGGAACAGUUCCCUUGACAUGCUGGCGCGUUUCUGGGAACAGCAGCCUGCCGUGCUGAAUACUUUGCUCUCAAGGAAAAUCAAGAAGGACGAAGACAUGGCCAGGCUGAGUGAAGACGACAUGGCACUGAUCCAAGAAGUCGUCAAACUGAUGACUCCCCUGAAAGUGGCAACCACACUCCUCAGCGAGGAAAAGAAUCCCACCAUCACAAUGAUCUCUCCACUCCAGGCGAAACUGCAGAAGCACUUCCAGGCAAAAGAAAGUGAUCUGCCUGAGAUUUCAGAGAUGAAACGACGAUUCAACCAGGACUUUUCCGGCCACUAUGCCAAUAUCCAAGACACCCUCCACUGUGCCACAGCCCUUGACCCACGCUUCAAGGACCUGGCGUUCCUUGAUGAUGAAACCACCAAGGACACAAUCUUCAUGAAGAUUGCUGCAGAGGUGGUGAACAUGGAUGGAGAGGAGAUGAUGUCCCUGAGCCUCCAGCGAAGAAAACAGCCUUGGACCAGAUGUUUGGGGGCUUCCUCACUCCAAGAGCACCACUGAAGACCACAAGGGAGAGAGCUAAGAAGGAAAUCUUGAAAUAUCGGGAGAGGGCUUCUCUAGAUCUGAGUGGUGAUGUGUUACAGUGGUGGAGAUAUCAAGGAGAUCUUCCACUGCUUGCAGCUUUGGCAAAGCACUAUCUGUCCAUUCCAGCAACAAGUGUAGCGUCGGAGCGAGUAUUUAGCACAGCAGGUGACAUAGUCACAGCCCAGCGCAGUUUACUUGCCCCUGAACAUGUGGAUCAGCUGGUAUUCAUGAAGAAAAACCUUAAAAAAAGACAUUUGUCUUAAGUUUGCUGUUAUGAUAAUGGUGAGGCUGGUGUUGUUUAUGUAGGCCUAAUCUUUAUUUUUGUUGUUAUGACAGACCUGUUUUGUGACUGUUUAUCUGUUUAGUCUAAAUUGUUAAUGACAUGUCCUGACUCCUGACAGCUUUGUAGGCUGAGCUCCACUACUGUUAGGCCUAUGUGCCUUUUGUGAAUAGGCCAACUUAUUUAUGUUGACAAACACCUCCUCAAUGCUUAAGUAGCCUAAUUUAAGAGAUCUGUCUUCAUUUGUUAUAAGCCUCUUAAUGAUGAGAAGUAUGGUACUGCUUAUAUGUUCUUGAAGGAACAAUAAAGUUGAGUUGAAUUUGCACAGAUUUGCA